CUCAUGAUAAAUCAGGCAGAAGAAUGUCGAACCUCUCCAAAUCGGAAGGCAGAAAAACUGGAUUGGGGGGCCGCUGUGUAAGGUGGUCGUCGGAUCUGAAAGCCAUCGGAGGGAUGGAAGACAGGAAGAGUGGGCGGCAGCUACACGCUUACGUUUCUAUGGGCCUACAGAACAAAACGUCAAAAGAUCCGCUAAACAACAGACAAAGAUAGAGAGAGUAAAGGCAAGCGUAUCUUGGGGAAUUUGUAGUCAAAGAUGCCAUCAUUGGGGAUUUUGUUUAAUCGGCAAUGCACACAAGAUGUUUGAUGAAAUUCCUGACGUCUGGCUACUUAUUAAUCUAUUGUGUUUGACUUUUUUAUGGUUAAACUCUUGUUUCCUGAUGCUCCAGUCACCAUUCUUGCCUUUUAUCUCUUUGUCAUCAGUUGAGUGCUAGAAGAAGAAGAAAAGACAUCAAGAAUCUCUUCUUCCUGAAAUUUAUAUUACACAAUUGAAAACAGAAGAUGAGGCGCCUCAUCUAAGAGCCUGGAGUUAUGUCUGUUUUGCCCUACACCAGAUAACAUCAACUCGUACAUGAUCUGAAAAGUGUUUGAUGGAAAUGGAGGGAAGAGUUUAUUCAGAUUUGUAUAGAAACUCAAGUGAAGAUAUGUUCAUAAGAACAUUAAUGGAAAGCCCAGUUGGAAUGCCAUCACCAACCAUGGAAAUACUCGGUUUCAAGAAUCUUUCUAGUAACUUCCGUGCAGAUAGUGAGGAACUUUUCAAGAAUUGGCUCACUAAUGGAGAGAAUCAAGGCCACAAUCCAUCAAGUUUAGUUCAUAAUCGUUCUCGACAAUUAUCUAGAAGGUUGCUUGUUGAUCAAGCUACUCAACAAAAUGGAGUUUCAUUUGAAAGAAAACCAAGUAAUGAGAAUUUGAUCCCACAAAGUUCGUUGGUAGUUGGUGAAUCGUCAAAUGACGUAAAUGCCCAUCCUAUUAGGAAUGUGGGGGCUAGCAAUUUAUACUUGGCUAAGGCAUGGUUUCAUAGUUCUCAACCAAUGACAAGAAGUCGUUCUUCUGAGUUAAGAAAGAGGUAUGUUGCAAUGCAAAACUCUCAAACAGCAAUAGGUAUGGAAGCAAUGCAUAAUGCGUCGGGAAAUCGAGUCAACCAAUUGAAACAACAAUUUGUCAACCAAAGUCAAAUCAAUGAGGCUUCAAUGUAUCAUACAAAUGGCUUCAUGCCUCAAUCACAUUCAUCUUCAUCUAAUAUCAAUGAAUUACAAUUUGGCACCAUUGAUAAAGUAUCUUCAGUUGUAAGCAUGUUAAAGGGCACAUUAGAACGCAAGAAGCUCAGAAGUCAAACUGAGAAAGAAGCAAUUGAAGAUGAUUCUUUAGGAUAUUAUUCAACUAUGAAUCAUGUAAAUGAGAUUCAAGAUUAUGAGGUACAAGAAACAUUCCAAGAUUUAUCGAAUGAAAUGAAGGAUUCUGGAUUGUUUCAAAUAGUUCAAGGAGGUAUAGAUGCUGACAUGGACAAUUUUGUGGCCCCCACGAAUCAUAUCCAAAUGAGUUUCGCAUCUAGAGAAGCUUCUCAAAGUGAAUCAUCACCUGUAAUAUCAAAUGGUUUUGAUGCAUGUGAUGGUCAAAGCAAUUCUGGUCAAACACCAAGUGCUUGUGAGAGCUCUAGGAAGCAAGUUGGAAUUGCAAAAACAUUAGGUACACGAGAACAAAUGUAUGAUAAUCUUCAAGAGGACCACAAGCAGAAAAGAAGUUUGAUUCGAUUUGGAUCAGUGACAUCAGCUGCAUCAGUAGACAGCAGGGAUCCUACAAAGAAACGCAGGGUGGAAAGGUCAAGAAAAAUGGCAGAAGCAAAAGGAAGAACUCAAACACCUGUGAUUUCAACAGAUAUGCAAUCUAUUCUGAAGCGAUGUGAAAAUCUAGAGAAGGAAGUGCGUUCACUCAAACUUAAUCUGGCUUUCAUGAAUAGGAAGGAUUCUGAACAAACAAAGCAGAUUGAAGAGCUUCAGAAGCAGCAUGAGGAGAUGAAAGAUGAAAAGGAACGCCUUUUAGAAGAGAUUGAGAGGAUAUUGUCUGAACCAGAUAAGAUGUGAUCAUUCAAAUCUGACAUUGAUGAACCACAAGUUCUUUUUUUUUUUUUUAUAUUCAUUGGUUUGUUUGUGAAUCAUGAUUAUGCACAUUAUUACUAUAAGGACAUUGCUAUGAUAUCUAAAUUUUUAAAUAUGUAUUAUUUCUACAAUGGCAUACUGAACAACAC